CCGCCGCCACGGGCACCUCCUCCUGUUUCCUCCCCUCAGUCCCGGUUAGGGAAUCCGCCGGCGCCGCCUUGCUGGGAGCGGCCGCCCAGGAGAAAGGAUGCUCCUCCGGGCGCGGCGGCGGAGGAAGAGGCGCGGCGGACAGGACAUCCCUGCGGCCGCCCGCUUCACCAGCCUUGCCUAGCGCAAGACGCACGCAGCCUCCUCCAUGGCGAAGCCCCGCGCUACCUUGCGGCGGCGAGGCCCGGCUUGCAGUGGGGAGCCCGGCGGCGGCGGCGCUGGUGCCCGGGCCCAUCUUUCCUCUCGCCUCGGUGCGCCCUAAGGACUGCGGCGGCGGCGGCGGCGCUAUGGCCGAGACGGAGCGGCCGGAGGAAGCGGCCCGGCUGUGGCGAGACGCCGCCCUGCGCGCCGGCAAGCUGCGGAACGACCUCGGGCAGCUGGAGCUGGGCUCCCGGGAGGAGAGCGGCCCGCAGGCAGAGCCGGAGCCCAAGUCCUCGCUGCUGCUACAGCAGCAGCAGCAGCAGCAGGAGCAACCGCCGUCUCCGCUCGCGCCGUCGCCGCUGGAGACGCUGAACCUGAGCGGGCGCGGCCUGGAGGAGCUGCCCGAGGGCUUGUGCGCCGCCGUGGGCAGCAGCCUGAGCGUGCUCUCGAUGCGCAGGAACCGGCUCGCGAGGCUGCCCUCGGCCGCCGCCCUGGGGCACCUGGGCCGCCUGGCCGAGCUCGACCUGAGCCACAACCGCCUGCGCUGCCUGCGCGACGACGGCCCGGCGCUGGCACUCCUGCGCGGGCUGCGCAAGCUUAGCCUCAGCCACAACCAGCUCGGCGCCGGCGGCGACGGAGCGCUGCCCGACGCCUUGGGAGAGCUGCGGCAGCUGGAGGAGCUAGACUUGAGCUUCAACCGCCUCAGCCGCCUGCCCAACGAGGCCCUGGCCCGCCUGCAGCAGCUGCGCGCCCUCGACGUGGACCACAACCAGCUUCACGCCUUCCCUCAGGCGCUGCUGGCGCUGGGCUCCCUGGAGGAGCUGGACUGCUCCGGCAACCGGCACCUGCGGGCCCUGCCCGAGGGCAUCGCUUCCCUGCGGCGCCUGAAGAUAUUGUGGCUCAGUGGCACAGGCUUGGCCGCCCUGCCCGAAGGCUUGUGCCAGCUGGGGGCCCUCGAGAGCCUCAUGGUGGACGGGAACCACUUGAGAGGCCUGCCUGCUGGGUUUGGUGGCCUGCAGCGCCUCAAGAUGCUGAACCUCUCCUCCAACCUGCUGGCCGACUUCCCCGCGGCUGUGCUGACCUUGCCUGGCUUGGAAGAGCUGUACCUGAGCCGCAACCAGCUCACUCUGCUGCCCGCUGGGCUGUGCCAGCUGUGCCAGCUGCGGACUCUGUGGCUGGACAACAACCGCAUCCGCUACCUGCCCGACUCCAUCGUCCAGCUGCAUCACUUGGAGGAGCUGGUCCUGCAGGGCAACCAGAUCGCCAUCCUGCCCGAGGGCUUUGGCCAACUCAACCGCAUCAGCCUCUGGAAGAUCAAAGACAACCCUCUGAUUCAGCCACCCUACGAGGUCUGUAUGAAGGGCAUCCCUUACAUCGCGGCCUAUCAGCAGGAGCUGGCCCACUCCCAGCCUGCCCUCAAGCCCCGUCUCAAGCUGGUCCUGAUGGGCCUGAAAAACGCAGGCAAGACGCUGCUAAGGAAGUGCCUCGUGGAGGAAGAGGAAGAGGGACAAGGGCACGGAGAGCUGUCCUUCGCUGCAGCCUGCAAGGACGUUGGGAGAGCUCGAACUAAGGGGUGCUUCAUGCAGACCCUAAGAGAUGUGCCCCCUCAGCCUCUUUCCCCCAAAGCACAGCCACACCGCCGCCCCAUUGUCGAGCAGCCAGAGGCUUCCCCUUUGCCAGCUUCGACCCUGAAAUGUUCCCAUUUGGGAUGUAUCUCCGGUGAGCAGUGGGACAUGCUCUUUUACCCUUCCCCAAAAGCUGCUGGGCAGACCCAAGUGGGAUGUUUUGCUGCUGAGCGGCAGGACGAUGCUCCGCUGGCCCCGUCUCCAAAAAUAAAUGGGGAGGCGCACUUAGGAUAUUACCCUCUCCUGCGGCCCAUUAUGCCCCCAGCUCCCUACGCAGCAGGGUUGCCAGGCAGCAGCAAAGGCAUAGAGGUGACAGACUGGACUGCAGAUGUAGAAAGGGGCCUGACUUUCAUUGUGUACGAGCUGGCGGGAGACCCAAGUUACGACGUGAUCCAGCCCUUUUUCCUCUCUCCGGGAGCCCUCUAUGUGCUGGUGGUGAACCUGAGCACGUAUGUGCCACAGUGUUUUUACCCCUCCGUGGGACACUUCCUUCACUGGCUAGGGGCAAAGGUGCCACAUGCCGUGGUGUGCAUGGUUGGCACCCACGCUGACCUGUGCGCUGAACGGGAGGUGGAAGAGAAGUGCUUAGACAUCCACCGCCAGAUUUCCCGGCAGGAGAAGUGCGACUACGAGGGCCUCCAGACUCUGGCCCAGCAGGUAGACGAAGCCCUGGGGCAGGAUUUCGACCUGCGCUGCUCCAGCCCCCACGUUGCCUUCUACGGGGUGUCGGACAAGAACCUGCGGCGCAAGAAAGCUCAGUUCCAGUAUUUGCUCAACCACCGGCCGCAAAUCCUUUCCCCGGUGCUGCCUAUCAGCUGCUGGGAUUGCUGCCAGGUACGCCGCUUGCGAGAGAAGCUCCUUUCGGUAGCCGAGCAUAGAGACAUCUUUCCCAAUUUGCACCGGGUGCUGCCAAGGUCCUGGCAGGUGCUGGAGGAGCUGCACUUCCAACCACAGGCUCAGCAGCUGUGGCUCAGCUGGUGGGACUCAGCUCGGCUCGGCCUGCAGGCAGGACUGACUGAGGACCGUCUCCAGAGCGCUCUUUCCUACUUGCACGAGAGCGGCAAGCUGCUCUACUUCGAGGAGCACCUCACCCUGCGGGAAUACGUUUUCCACAACUUGCCCAGGCUCAUUGACAUCCUCAACGUCUUCUGCCAACGGGACGCCACGGUCUUGCUCCAGAAACUGCUUGGCAGUGCCCACGUGGACGAGCUGAAGGCCACGCAGCUCCACCACUAUGUGGAAGGGUUUUUGCUCCACGGGCUUCUCCCCGCCCAUGUCAUUCGCCUGCUCCUCAAACCCCACAUCCAGAGCAGAGAGGACCUGCAGCUUAUCCUGGAGCUGUUGGAGAAGAUGGGUCUCUGCUACUGCGUCAACAAGCCCAAGUCCAAGCCCUUGAACGGGGCGACGGCAUGGUACAAGUUCCCUUGCUAUGUGAAGAACGAGAUGCCCCACGCAGAGGCGUGGAUCAAUGGCUCCAACCUGGGUGGCCAGUCCUUUGUUGCUGAGCAGCUGCAGAUUGAGUACAGCUUCCCUUUCAUCUUCCCACCGGGGCUCUUCGCCCGCUAUAGCGUCCAGAUCAACAGCCAUGUGGUUCAGCGGUCUGAUGGGAAAUACCAGAUCUAUGCCUACAGGGGGAAGGUACCUGUCGUAGUAAGUUAUAGACCUGCCAAGGGCACCCAGCAGCCAGAUACUUUGUCUAUCGCUAGUCAUGCAUCCUUACCAAAUAUAUGGACAGCCUGGCAAGCCAUAACCCCAUUAGUGGAAGAACUGAAUGUCUUGCUUCAAGAAUGGCCAGGCCUGUACUAUACUGUGCAUGUCCUCUGUUCCAAGUGCCUUAAAAGAGGGUCGCCCCACCCGCAUACUUUCCCAGGAGAAUUGCUGAGUCAGCCCAGGCCAGAGGGAGUGACUGAGAUCAUCUGUCCGAAGAACGGUAACGAGCGAGUGAAUGUGGCUCUGGUUUACCCCCCUACACCGACAGUGAUCAGCCCUUGUUCCAAGUAACCUCUGGAAGACACCUGCCUUUGCCCCUAUAUAAGGACACACCAAACACCCCUUAAUCAAACAAGCCCUUGCUAAGCAUUAUUGGAAAUGUACAGCCCAGAGAUGUUUCUGAUUACUGGUGGGACCUGGACAACACAGCUUGGGAAAUAAAGAUUAAUGGGAGUUGGUGUGCUGAAAGGCUGUGCGCUGGGGUGGACACAAAUCUGUAGCCUGCCUGAAUUGAUCCUUACCAUCGGCUGGGGUUGGAGUGGUGUGUUUCCAAGAACUCUGUCCGGAGGCUUAUUGAAGCAAGAAACACAGCAAAGCAUCCUCAUCCUGUGCUGCUCUUGGAACUUGUAUACAAGACAGUCUGAAAACUCUGGGUGGUUUUAAUUGCUUCAUAAGCCCGGAAAUGAGAGCAUUGUUGACUGACAGCGAUGCGCUGGGAUUGAGAACUCUGUGGACCUGUAUUGUGCACUUGUUUGGACCCAUUGGUGAAUGUAAGAUUGUUCUCGGUGUGGUCGCUAUUGAGAUGUAGCUGAAAGAUAUAUCCGCUGAAAAGGAACUGUUGGCAACUCGGUUUCCCCAUAGGAAGAAAUUAAUAAUUCUGUGGCUGUAAUGUGCUGUGGAAAAGGACGUGAAAUCAAAACUGGAAAAUACCUCUUCAGAUGGAUGCUUUCCCAGGGACUGAACAUAUAACUUAACCCCAGAAGUGAAAUGGUUUUUAAAGUAAUAUAUUAAGUUGCAGAUGAAUGGUGGACUAAAGGAUUCAUCACUCGACCCUCAGCCUCAGGAUCAUUCUCUAGCGAAGAGCUGCUUGCCAACAGAGUAGGUUGAAAAACUUCUCAGGGAUUAUGUUCAAUGUGCAGUUUAAAAGCCGCAGCUGCCGUUGAUGACAGCAGUAUCGGGGGCACUCUGUUUCCAAGUCUGUCAAAUGUGAAAGAGGAUCACUGCUGAAGUUCACUGCUGUUCAGCAAUUUGUUUGUUUGUGUGGUUUUUUUUAAGUGUUAAUCUUUAUUUUUCUAAGUUUUUAAUUAUCUAUGCAGUUUAGAAUUAUUUUGACACUGGGUACAAAGUUCAGCAUGGAGAUUGUGCUAAAUCAGCUGCUGGGUUCUGGAUGUGAUGUCAAAAUAAUGCAUGUAUGUAUCUAUUGUUUAAAUGCCUGUUUUGUGCACAUACAUACACAUAACACACACACACACAAGCACAAACACACAAUCUUCAAUUUCACUGCAGUUUCAUGGUAAAAUCCACCUAAAUAAACACUAGCACAUAUUCUCCUGGGGAUGCCUCUGCCUCCACAACUGUUGAAGCAGUACUUGAAAGAAGCAAGUGUGGUUUUGAGUUUUCUCCCUCUUGUGCGUGGAACAGGUUGAUGUGGUGGAGAGGGGGAAUACAGCUUUAGUUAAACUUUGCUUGUGGAGUAUCCAGUUGAGUGGACAGCUGUGAAGUAAGCCAGGAAUCAUUCAUCCCUAAACAAUGCUAAGAAUAAUUGACCAGGGGGGAAAAAUGAAUAAUUGAAUUGAAGUGGAAAUAAUUGACAAGGAGCAAGAGCAGCAUGGAGAUGGACACGCCUCAGUCCUCCAGCCACUUGGGAGCCUAGAGAAAGCAAUUCAGUUUACCUUCAGUGUAUUGAAAUUAAGCACUGGAAUACCAGCAGCUAAAAUGCAGCUCAUGUUGCAACGAAGUUGACCUCAGUUUUUUCCUUUUCUCAACUAUGGAUCACACUGGCUUUAUUCAUAAUGUCCAUCAUGCUGGGGUGGGGAUUGGUGCAGUGUCCUACAAAACGUGGUUUGUUUUCAAAAGAAUGUAUUAGUCUGGGGCCCACUUUAAACAUCGCCUGAGUUAUGUAUAGUUAUGGCACUACACUUUAAGCCAUUCUGACAAUGGCAGCACCUUCUGCCCAUAUGAUUAGAGCAGCAUUUGUACCACAUUUGCUGGAUUAGGAAACUUAAUUAUGACACCACCAUCCAAUCUUGCAACACAGUCUACCUUCAGCACAUCAGUGGAAGCUGUUGGUGUUACUGGAAUGGUUCAGGAAAGCCACAGAACGGAGGCAACCACACUACUCAACCCUCGAGAUUAUUCCCUUGUUUGAAAAAUGCAGCCAACAAUCUGUAAUAUCCACUCUUACAAGUAAACAUCACAUUUUUUAAAAUGUAGGGGCAUUUUAACAUGUAAAUUUGAGGUGGAUUUCCGUGGGGAAAUCAUAAAACAGCUGUUGAAUUUUAAGUUUAGCUGAGGAAAAGAUAUACCUCAUUUGAAAAGUGGUUGAAAAGGGGACAUUAAUCAACAAAUGUGUCUGGUGUUAUAAGUGAACUUUUGAAUCCCAGUGGCUAAUUUUUGUAGGUGUGUGUUGAAAGAUGUCCGUCACCCCCCACUUCAAAGUCACUCCAUUCGACAACUGUUGUGUACACGGUUAAUUGGGGGAUUGGCUGCAGUUUUCUGUUGUAUUUUGGGUCUUGUGGGCAAUUUCAGGUCUAGUGUGAACUUAAGUGGAACAUUCCCAGAUCUUAAUUACCUUAGUGCACCAGGAGCAUGUGCUAAGAAGAUGUUCACAAGCAGAAUUUGGUGCAACAUCACCUAGUAAAAUAGUUUGGGCUUCAGAAAUGUAUUGUUUAGGUUUGCCUUAAGUAGGCUUCAGCAAAACUUGGUCAUUCUGUGGGAAAGUGCCAAAACAGCAGUGCUUAACCAGGCUUCAGCACCACUGAAUUUCUGGCAAAUACUAGUUGAGAUGAGUUUUCUAAGUGUACCUUCAUUCUUCAGUGCAACUUUCUAGGUAGCUCUGACUUGUGUAAGGAGUAGCACAACUUGACAUGAGUUUUCCCUCUCAAGGCCAAAAUGAAGGGUUUUUUUGCACCUAUUAAAGUAGAUCUUUGUCAGCAAUGGGAGAUUGUCUCUUUCCUGAUGUCAGCCUAAACAUGGGUGCCAUUUAGUCCUUGUUUUUCAGGCUAUUAACUAAAAACACUCAGCAACAUCGCACUGGAGCGGCUGAGGCAAAACACUUGCUGCAGUUGUCUGAGAACUUUUAAGAGCAAAUAUAAUUUUUAAACAUUUUUUUGCUAUGCAGGACAUUUCAAUACAGACACUGCAGCCAGACAAAAGAUAUUUUGGCUGGCAGAGUGUCUCGACAAGAUCCUGUUGUGGUAGUAUCGGUGGAAGACCUCUGCCAGCUUUACUGGGAAGAGGGUGAGGUUUUGCUCUGUGAGGCACAACAAAAUCAAUCAAUCUAUUCCUCUUAAAACUGCUGGGGAAUUGCCCUUGGAAUCAGUCACGUUUUCUAUUCCUAGGUUCCAUGACAGGAAAAUCUGUUUCCUGGAUACGCACCGCAGUGCUGCCAAAGAAAACGUGUGCUGUUUUUAAUUCCUCAAAGGAUUUUCUUCUCUUUGACCCACCUUUGAUUCACUUCUGGAAGGCCAAAAAGGGGUGUUUGGUGUAACAUGGGUGGUGAUUGUUCAGCAAGGGGCAUUGGGGGGGCGGCGGCUAUACUUAUAGCUUAUCUGUUAAUUCUCCAUAUUACAGCACAGACUUCUUUUUUUACAAGAAAAAAGAAAAAAAGAAGAAAUAUUCUCACCCAAGACAAAAACCUGAGAAUAAAAGUAAUAUUACAACUUGA